AUGGCCUUCAAGAGCUCAAGAGGCCACAUGAUCACCUCCACGAAAGGGACGGUCGGUGUGGUGGUGGUGGUGGUGGUGGUGGUGGUGGUGGUGGUGGUGGUGGUGGUGGUGGCAGCUCAACAGGCGGUAAGUUUGACUUUCAUAAGUGGAGUGGGACUACUAGUAUAUGUGUGCACAAGACCGAGAAAUGAUGCACGACGCUUACUCCCUGAUAGCGAGCAGAACAAAAAUUCUAGUUCGAUUUUUGGCACAAAAGGCUGAAAAAAUUUGUUUGUCACACACCAUCGGCAAGCAUCUUAAAAAGAUAUAUGAUCUGUUCCGCAAGAAUGGGUAUCCAGGUCGACUUACUGCAAAGAAUAUUAUGUUGUCGGGGAAACAGCAAAACGCACCGCAUUCACGGCGAAAAUGGAAGCUGUUCCUCAAAGAAGACUUUAAGGGGACGUGGCGAGGGAACCUCGGCGAAUACGCCUUGACCAGCUUGUUUUAUGCACCUUCUUAGCGUCAAAAGUAAGGGCAUUAUUCUCGACUAACCCAAUCUUAUACGAAGGUAAACACAGGCUGCCAACGUAGACCACCUCCAUGUACACUUACUCUUUUCCCUGCUCCCGUGGAGAAAGUCAGAUUGCUCGCACGAUUAGUCGCCUAUCCAAAUACGGUAACACUUUUUGAAAUGCCCGAGAAAAAAUGGAGUCGACAGCAUAAGCAGGGCCAUACCCAUACACACUGUUGACUUCAGACAUCGUGUGGACCCCAAUGAAGCCUUUUGCGUGAUUUAUAAGGUUUCACCGAACUACUCUAAGUCAAUGAGUCAGCGUCCGCUGGGAACACCAGAGAGAGAGAGAGAGCUGUCAUCAGGCUAUAUAAGCCGGUCUUGUACGGACAGAGGAAUCUCGUACGAGCUCCGCAUUCAUAUUGGCAAAGGUCGGUUAACUGAGUGUAAUACUUCGCGCCCUCCCCUCCGUUGACACCGUUCUUCUUAACUCCGACUGCCACCAAACCCAUUAUGUCUCAUUAUUCCCCACAUUACACUUGUGCGAGAGGACGAACGCUUGUCGAUUUGUCUCAGCACUCACAUGUUUUACUUGAUCCGUCAUUCGUUAGACUUUACGGAGGUGCAGAUGAGGUUGGUGAACACAGACCUCCACAGGAAGCCGAUAUGAAGGAUAAGUCUCUUUAUCCUUUCCCUAAUGGAGUUAUAUUUCGCUUGCCUUGAGGGGCGAAAUAGAGACGAUUUUGUUAAACGCAUAUUUUGUGCCCAAUUUGAUGGCAAUAUCGCCUUUGACAUGAACUUCGGGUGCCGCAAGAAAAACGGUGGCCCUUUGCAGCUCGAUGCUAUAUGAACAGAUUACAUGCGAAUUACUGCUUAUCCUCCUAACAGUUACUCCACACAGACAUUUACGUAAAAAGGAAAAAGAGGGGAGCGCGCAAAUACCUAUGCAUUGAAAACCACGUUUACAAAACGACUAACAGGCUCACUGUACGCCGCCGGAAAUAGACUUCGAAGAAGUCAAUCAGCAUCAGACGUAAAUGGCUAGUCAACCGCACACAUAUCUUACAUAUGCUUGGCUUUCAGAACACGCACCAGAACCGUCAACUGCGACCCCCAUGCAUGAGGGUACCUGUUAAAUAAGGACGCGUCCUUAUUUAACAGGUACAAGGCGGCGGAAGAUAUCCCUCGACGCCCUUCGAAAAAGGCGAUCUCGGCCAGAUUCUCUUCUUGAUGACUUUGAUGGUAAGUGAAACUGAAGUAUUAUGACACAUACUUGGUUUAGAACCCUCAACAGAACCCUCCUCGUCCCGGCCGCGAGAGGAAUAGUGCCGAUAAUAAUUGUAUUUUAUAUUUUCAUAAUAAAUCAUUAUUCCAACUUCGUCAAAACUCCUUCAUUCAACUUUCUUGAGGGGGAGGGGUACCGUAGGUCGUUUAGUAAUAAAUCGGAUGGGAAGUGCGAAAAGGAGCUUUCGUAGGUGCUAAAACGGAAAGGUCGCUAAGGAAAGGCGUCCAGCCGCUGCAUAGCGCCGUAUCGCGACUUUUCGCCAUUGGUUCCAUAGCGACCACAUGGACAAAAUCCGCUAUAAAUCGGUCAUUUUAUCGCGACUUUUCCACAGCGAGGCGCCGUCACCUCGCUAUGGGCUACAAGGGCGGUCCUGUGGCAGAUGGCAUUUUUGUAUAAUUUCUCCCUAGUUUACUACAUAUUACUAGUAAAUAUUCCAAAAAAUAUCAUCCAUAUGUCUUACAAUACUGGUGGGGCAAUGAACUGCUUCACCGAAUCGCGGGGCUUCACCUGCCGCCGCAACGUCUUAUAGGCCCUCAGUUUGCUCUUUGGCUUUGGUUUCAAAGUCAUCGGCACCGGCAAAUACACGGUAAAACAAGUUAGAUGUAUACAGUAGACAAGAGUGAACAUAAUGCGUGUCGAAUAGUAUUAGAAGAAAAAGGCAUGUAUGAAAUAUUUAUUUGUUGUGUAUCGCGCAACUGUCUUUUUUCGCACACGUCAUUCUAUCUCGAUACUUCGACAAUGUGGCCAAAGUCGAAAUCCGGGCGAUACGCAUUUCUGGACAUGCCAAUAUCCGCAUGUUGUUGAGAUAGAAAUGUGCUGAUUUUUUUGAGAAUUUAUUGAACAGUAAUUUUCGCAACCCAUAAUCGAAAGUGUAUGCGAUUUAAGCCAAGUUAAUUACGUGUUGGUGUAUUUUUCAUAAGUAUGCACUAAAUAUUGAGAUAGGCAGAUUACAGUUACCAUGGGCUACUGUAAACCGCAUUACGUAUGGGAAAAUCUGAGCCACUGAUACUCGUUCAGAGAACGCUAGCAAUAAACUGAGGGGAUGUAGCCACAUCUUUUCCUAUUUUGGCUUCGUCAUGCUAGAUACCUGGCGCGUUGCCGGUUUUCCACCGAAACCAUGAUGUCGCGCUAGCCACCUUCCAAAUUAAUUCCUACUGGCCACUGCCAGAAUUCUAUUUAUGGCAAUUUUCGGUCUCGAUCACCCUAGUGGCCAAUCCUCUGCACUAUCCUACCUUUCCUUGUCAUGCUCAGUCUUGCCCAUUAGUCUUUAUAUUAUACCUACCAGCACCGCCUGGAGACCCCGUAUAUACCGAAGACAACUGUUGUCUAGGCAUCUUGGACUGGAGGGCGUCCUCCCUAACCCGACGCCUACACAAAGCAUCGCAUUUCGCGUUUUCCGGACCAACCGAGGACCGUUUCCAGGCCAACUAGACCCCGCCGAAAGACCUCCCGUGUUGCCUAUUCUGUCUGAACUCCAAGCAGUUUUCCCGUCGUCAAUAAUAAUUCACAAUCUACAUCUUAAACCGCUGUCUUGUGUGUUUGUUGGGGUCGAAUAAGAGCGUUUUGACAAUUAGCACGGUUAGACUGCUAACGGAACAAACAGUCCAACUGGCGGAAAAAUAAUUUAAAUAAUUGCCGGGACCCCGGUGAGUUUCCUAUCAGACGUUAACGCUUUUAGGUGAUCGUUUUUUCCGAGCCAUUUCUUAAAAGUUCCCGGUAGACCACAGUCACGACGGUAACCCCGGUAGGUAAACCAAUAUCCAAGAGGUCCGAACGAUUAUGUUGUAAGCACAAAUUCACAUUUUUCGCUUAAUUGGAAAAUGCACACGAGCGCUUUAGUUAGGUAGGAACUUUACUUUACCUACUUCUGUCUGAAUAGAUGUGUGAGCUGUGAUGUGUUUGUCAACAUAUUGCAUUAGAAGGUGUGUGGCUUACCAAUCACGUCGUUCGGGGCGGAACAUAACCACGAGCCCGUGUCUGUGGAGCUCCAGUGUGCUAAAUAGGACAGCCCAGGUUCCCAGAAAGCAGACUGCGGCAAACUGCGCACGUAUUCGUUAAAAGUAAUAAGGUGCCAUUACAUUGUGAACGUUAUUCGCGAUGCAAGAAAAAACCCCUAUGGAUUGUAAGAAAAUAACAGAGUGAUUUCAAUGGGUUCAACGGCUUCUGUCCGUGGUAAAGGAGGGGAAGAAGGUGCAUCGAAAUGACGAGUCUGUUUAGUUUGCAUACUAACCACUUUUUUAGAUGACAGUAAUGGUAUGUAGCCCUAGGCUCACCAUACUCAGCUCACGAAGAUAAAUACAACGGUCCCUAUGCUGAUGACAUAUUUGCGGUUUUUUUGUUUUGUGAACAUUUUCAAACAGAUUUCUCCUAAAUCCUCUUUUUUUGUUUCUCGUCUGCUUCAUUAAUUCUAUUUGCUUUUAAAUGAUUUAGAGAUUUGCACUCCUUUCUUUUUUGUUUGCGGACAAUUUGUGUUUUUUGUCCGACAACCCGAGAGUAGGGUGUGUAGUCAAAACCCAAUUGAGCGGCCGAUGAAGCCAAGUGUAGCACGCACCGAGCAGGCGAAGAACUGGAAAUUAAUCCUGACUAAGACGGAACUGAGGAUACUGGUAAAACGUAUAGCUACACUCAUCCAGGUGAAUGGGUAGAAGAUGAAUUCGCUGUCAGGAAUAAAACUGAAGGAGGAGAUGGGGGAGUGGAGGAAAGGCCAAAACUCAAGAAUGGCCAAACAGUACAUAUGGCGAAAUCAUUCCUCGAUCCAUACAGACCACAAUAAAGGGCUAAACCUGCCCUGCAAAACGGUCACUGAAGGUCAUCUCAGCAAAUAUACAAGGCUUGUUACACAAACUGGACAAACUCGGAAACUGAACGGAUAAAAUUAAGUUAAAGAUCAGGAUUUUCACAUAAAAGUGGCUUUUUACAGAUAUUACAGGUUCAAAAAUACCACAAACGACAUACCAGCACCUCAGAGGAGGCAGAUCAAAUUGAGGAGCAGCAGUCAUCAUUUGCGUCACUUGGAAGCUAACAGCUAUGACCUAGGUGCAUAAUCCGAUAAGGGAAGUCGAACCGUUAAGCAUCACAUAUCCGCUAAUCACGUUUGGCCUCUAAAGCCCUCGGUGACGUACCGUUCGCCUAACCAAUAUUCUGACCACGAUCUCAUUCUCAUCCCUGUACAGUACAAAGUCAGCGAGAAGAAAGACCUCUAUAGUAUUGGGGAUUUUUAUGCUCCUGAUAUUUAUUGGCAAACAGACAUUUUCUAGUGCUUGGCAGAUAACUUGAAACACAAACUACUACAAUGGGCAACGGACAAAAUCACCUCCCAGAACGUUACCUUUGAAACACGGGCCAGGAAUGGACAACUGUCACAUCGCCUUGACCUCAUCUUUGUCCACGAGGAAGAAAUGCGUUUGACUUACCGGUUCGACCGCCAACAGGGUCAAGCAUCCAAAUACUGCGCUGUACUUCGAGUUUUCAGUGUUUGUCAAACCAUUUUCGUCUUGUAUAUGGGAGAGAGGCAUUUAGAAGGGGAAUAUCCACUUAUGGCAAGGAAAGUUUCAGAGGUGUAGGGAAAACAGAAAUGAACUGAGGACUAAGAGGCCUUUGGAAUACUUUCAGUUAAUUACUGAGGAGGACUGUUUGCCUUAGCCGUCCUCUCAGAAGAUAGAUAGGCGCAAACCGACACAAAAUGGAUAAGUUAGAACUUCGGGGCCUCUCUCAAAGAAAAAAUCGCUUUUGAGGGCGUUACUCACUAACCAGCUCCGAAGGGCAAUUACGGGAAUAUAAGCAACGACUCACCAUUCGUGAGGGUGGAGCUCCUAAGUCUCCAAGAAAGUUUGAACUGAACACUGCAAAACUCCCUAGAACACCCCAAAGUCCUACAUGGCUGUAUGCUGAGUACUAAAAGAAAUCAGAACCUGGUCCCUGCCCUCAGACCUGCGAACGGAAUACUGGAGACCGAUGGCCAGGUCAAAGCACCCCUCCUUUCUAAUGUCUUUCAGUCCGUCUUUACCCGAGAGCUUAGUUCUCAUACCGCUUCUCCACCCGUUCACCAACAAAUGCCUCCUCCUACCACUUCUCCCUCUCCUCCAAGUUAGGACUGAGUUACUCGAUGGGCGCCUGUCAAAUCGCUUCGUCCUGGUAGAAUUCCUGCACUACCGCUUCGCAAACUCACUAGUGAACUGUGCGAACCACUGUCCAUUACAUCUUAAGUCUUUUGAAGAAGGUGAACCUCCGUAACAAAAGAAGUAAACAUCCGUCACCCUGAUCUAUAAGGGAGGUCUGAGACUUAAUUAUGUAAGUUAUCAUCUUGUCAAUCUAGUUCGAAUCGCAUGUAAAUUGAUGGACCGUAUUGACAAAAACAUUUAAUGGGAUGUCUGACAUCGUGCUCCGGUAAUUUAUUAAACCCGUGAGUCCGACGAAGCUAUCUCCAUAAUUGUCUUUGAGACUACUGUACAAGAGACAAAAGAUUACUGGUCGCCUUGUCUACAGCUCUUUGGUGCCGCAGCUAACCGCUCUGAAUAAAGAGUCGGUUGACCAAUGCGCACGGCAGUCAGAUAUUCGAAGGAACCCGGACCACAACUGGUUUCACAACGACUCACGCCGCUGAAACUAAUCUGGGCCUUUCCAGCGUUCACGGUACCUCAACCGAUGAGGCUAUGAAUGUUCCAAGAACUGGCAGAUAUGCAAAUAUCAUAAAAAGAGUAUCGGCCGCUCGCAACGGACCCACUGAAUCGUGUCUGUUCUGUCCCACUUGUUUCUUAAUCGCCUAGUAUCGUUUGACAUUUCGGUGAUGAUGUCAACAUAAGCGAACGGCGUAUUAGCUGGUAGAUUGACAGGGCACGUUCGUAGUACUGUCAGAUCGAUAAUUACAGUUCGAACGUCGUUGCCGACUUUGUCCAUUGUUCGCUCCGCAAGGGAGUGUGAGCAAGGACAUUGACUUGUGCAUGAAUUACUAAAUGAUGGUAGACUUGCGCAGUAUCUACAGCAGACUUUCCACCCCCAACUAGACUGCCGUUGCCAAGUCAAGAAGAUCAGAGGCGGGAGAGAGCACAGGCGGCUGGCACGACGAAAACCCGCACCAAGCGUGUCACCACACGUCCUGGUCCAUAAUGUACACUGACCAUGAUUUUAUACCACAACUAACGUAGGGACUGCAUGCGUCCCAAAUAGUGCGGCGUGAACCGUCAACUCGGUUUGGAGCCACACUCCAGUGUUAGCAUAUUCUAUGGGUGCGCAUUCCCGGUAACCCCUGCCGGACUCCAGUUUGACCCGUGCGUAGGUCCAGCGCAUCUAUCCAUGACUCGUUGUUCGGGCAGAUGGCAACCCGCUGAAAUGCAUCGACAUAGUUUAUUGUAAAUCAAACUUCAGUCUGGGCGUAGAGAGCAUGCAUACUCGACAGUGCCUGAGUUAAAGAUGGAUGUCCUAUAGGUGUUGACUGCAGCCGAUACGACCAAAAAACCGGGGUCUUACAACGCAUUAUACAAUCUCAUAUAUCUACAAGGGACAAAAGGUUCGGUUAACCUGUGUUUGACCAAAGAUCUUGUAUGCUGCUAUCCAUUUGCCGUUACCUUCCCGUUGUCCACAUGGACAUCGUUUCUCCCUUCGCCUCGAAUAUCUCCGUACUACCCCACCACGCACUGCAAUUACUACUUUCAGACUUUUCCAUGGUCUUCGCCUAGAAUGAACAUUUAUUACGCAGAACUGCAUAUCUCCGACACUCCAUCGACAUGAGCCGGGACAAGCCGGUCUGCCGGCCACAAAACGGAAACCAUCUCACCUCCACCAGAAGAACACUCAACUAAUUGACUUAACGAUCCGAAACCGAGUAAUAUGACUAAUCUUGAGUAUCUCCCGUUUCACCUAUGCAGAAGAAAGACGGGAACUUACAUCGUCGCUCAUAUUACGGACUUUUAAGCGCGUUGAUUGCAUGCGCUUCCUUUUCACAACCACUGGUUUGUCAGCGGAUGCACACUGACCUUUUUAGACUUGGUGUAAAUCAGGAUACUGACAGAUCGAAGUAGAACCCACGGAUCAACACAAGGUCGCCUUCACCAUCUUGCAGGAAUUGUUUGAAUUCGAAACAAUGUCAUUUGGUCUGCGCAAUGAACCACCUGCAUUUAAACGCUGGAAGCAGCCCGUUCUGGUUCACCUUUCUCCCACUCAGUGUCUUGUGAACUUGUGCGACGCUGUGAUCUUUGUUCGGCGCUAUCGUACAACAAUCAUAGACACACGGCCGUCUUAACUGCGCUUUUCGACGCAGAACCAAGUUUUAAAUAAAAUAAGUACGCAUUUCUUAGGGGAUAAAAUUUUGUAUUCAGGACACGAGAUCUGUAGAGGAAAAUUAGUGUGGUGCAGCUAUGGCCUUUUCUUAAGUCCCCGAAAGAACUACUGUUUUCUUGGGGUAGCGUAAUAUGGCCGCAAUUUUGUCCUGCAGUUUGCAACGCUUGACAGGGAAAGGACACAAGUUCACUUACACUGACGAACAUCAAGCCGCCUUUGAUGAGUCAACAACUCUUCACGCGUCUGCGCCAGUAUUCACGCUGUCGAACAUGGACGCAGACGUACAAUCACUUAUACGUGAUACAGAGUCCAGCGAGUUUGCCAUGGGCGGGAUAAUAUCGCAGGCUGAUUCAACUGAAACUGCGAGGCCUGCCUGCAUCCUGAGUGUAACGCUGUCCAAAUCGUAACAAAUUUAUUUCGUCUGCUGUCUCGAAUCCUUCGCAAUAAUAACGUUUAUCAAACACUUUCAUACUUUAUAAUCGGGAAACUUUCUAUCGUUCGAGCCGACCAUGGAGCUAUAGGAGACGACAGAACACGAAAGAUACAGAAAGCCAGUUAGCCAGAUGGCACAUAAAUAUCAAGCAGGUUGCUGUCUAUGUCACUGCCGCUCAAAAACUAAACUCACUAGCGCUGGUGCGCUUCUCCACCGUUCUGGCGAGGCGCCGUCUGACGAGAAUGGUGUGAUAAGUAGUACAAUUAAUGCGAUAUAAACAAACAAACCCACGCGUUAUCACCGAGUUGGGACGCGAAGUGACGGCGCACGCACAGCCGUUGAAUCUAACCACCAACGUGCCGCUUCAUACUGGCGUAUCAACGACGUCUUUAGAGGAUGAUCCGAGUCCGUGCGUGCCCCGCUAAACAAACCGCUACGCCAUAGAUUUCUGACCUGGGCAGUCUAGUACUUCUGGUCAUAACCGUACUCCACCAUGAAUUAGAUCGUGUGAGUCAGGCCAACACAAAAAUAGCGGCCAAGUAGUAAUUUUGCCGAUCACAGUCGCUCGGAUAUUUGAUCAAAUUCACAGCAUACACUCUGCCUGCGCCUCACUAUUUUACUAUGUGAAUAGAAGCAGUGCCGCUUUGCAGAAAAGAUUCUUAUCAUUCACAAAUGCUUUCCUUAACAACUAAAUUUUCGUUUUGACCCUUCGCCCCCAAUUCAUUCGAAUUGUAGAGUUGACUUUGAAGACAGUCUGGUGCAGGACACAUGUGGCGAACCACCCAAGAACGACUCAGGCACAUCCAGAAGGCAACCGAUAAUUUGGACGUACGAAGCGCACCCCCAUAAGACUCGUAACAGCGCUUUUCGAACAUCACUUGCCCUCCAUAUAGAUUGCGUUGCAUUUUAAUUGCUUGUCGAGCAACGGUUCAUUCAUCGACAAGGCACUCGUCAUUGUACAUGGUCCAUAGAUGAGAUAUUUGAAUACUCGUGUACAAAUAUUCCGUGUGUAUUAUGCAGAGAUAUAUUCACUAGGUUCUGAUGUACUCUUCCUCUAAGAACUCUAAGCAUGACCCAUGAUCUAGCACUCGGUCCCUGAAGCUACGUCAAGCAGAAGCAAAAAGAAGACUCCGAUACGCAAACACAUGGAACACCUUACUAACCAGGCGAUCUUGUUUUGCGUUACUCGACUAUAUCACCCACAGCUAUAUCUACGAGGUUUUUCCAUCUGUGGGAUGAACUUUCCCGCUUUUGCGUUCUCCGGCCUGCGACAUGCAUUAUGCAAAAUAUUACCAUGACAAAUAGCCCACCAUUGACCGCUCAUUUCUGCAAAUAAAAAUCACCUAAAGGACGCUUGCCCCUAGCUUCGUCCGCGGAUCCGCCUUCAAUUUUCCAAUGCUAAGUCCCAAAACCGCCAAUCAAAAUCAUCGUAAAUCAUCCGCUACCACACAUGCAUCUGGAUCCUAUAGGCAGGGAAGCCUUAGCACAACGGAGGAUGUGAAAGAGACCAAGUGAACUCAUUUCUCUUUGCGAAGGUGAAAAGAGACAGACAUCUGAUUCAAGAGACAGAAGGGUCUUGAAUUCUGUGCUUUAUAUGUGGUUAGAAAAUUUAGAGUCGCGCCCUGUGUCCUAACCCGUAGAGCGUUCGACCUCUACACCUCCCGGUCUUGUUCGAAUGCUGAUCAGGUUGUCACUGUCAGAGAAACAUUGCCCGAUCGAUCAAUCACCGAAAAAUUAGCAUUAACAGCAUUUGUUCCCUGCCAGCCCCAGCCUCGGCUAGCCGCCCCUGGCGGCUGUGGCCAAAGGAGACCAUGAUUAGGCCAGAAGUGACCCUCUGGCGUGGCUACGGCGUGUCAUUCAACACGAGAACCAAGUCGCACCAUCUGAAAAGAAACUCGUGGCGGAACUCCAUAUUCUUCGUUCGUUCCCCUCUUUACGGUCUCGUUGUUGUAGCCGCGAAUGCAUUCAUUCUAAAUUAUCUACUAUCGCUGUAUCCUUAAAUGUGUCACCUAAUCCUGUCAGACCCGACGAAACCAAACCAGCGAUAAUCGGCGCAUAUAAGUGCGCAACCGGACAACCGCGAUAACAUUUACUCUAUCACACGACAUAGGAAAGUGGACAGACAAUUGUUAGAAACGACGGUUUAUUGAGCAUAUGCAAGUGAAAGCAAUAUGUGCGAAAAACACAUACAAGGAAACUGUUCUUUAUGGAACAUUAAAAGGUUUCUGCACCAAUAAAUGGACCAUUUCUAUUGAAUACUGUCGACUCCUGCAAAAAAAGAUAUGCGGUAAAUCAUAUGUAAUGAUAUUGACACUGCGGUAAUUUAUAACAGUCAUAGUAUAGCAAAUGCAAUUCCUGGGUUGCAUGCCAAAAUGAAUCAUCCACCAGGGUGCGUUAGAUGGAUGUCUGACGUCUAGAACAGUGAAUUCGUCUGCCCAUUCUCAAACACUGGAAAGCCAUCUACACAGCUUCAUGCACAUGGCCCUCAUUGACCGAUUGUUAGGAUGAAUCGGAUUCGCAUUUCCAUGUGACUAGUGUCGCCCUUCACUUAUGGACUGCAAAGAUGAUGGGCGGCCUCAAAUGUCUCAAGUCAUCACUGUCUCCUGUGGAGAAUAUUUAUAAAACCAAAUAGGGGGCAGGUCAAUUAGUGUAGCUGUUGACUGAACUUUCGAUGGGCAUUGAGGCGUCUUUACAUCGCCUUAACGUGUAAUCAUCCUUUUGGCCCACAAUCUCGAGGUAGGGGCAAAGAAGCUCGGAUGUCCACCGGUAAAUUAAUUUGCCUGUCCAUAUUUGGUUUUGCGGACCAUCUUGGCGGGAGACAGUAGCGGCGCGAAGUACUUAGGGCCGUUUAUAAUCUCCGCGUCGACGAAGACGGACGUGAUGCGGGUCACAGUGAAAUGUGGAUCUAACGCAAUCCCAUAACCGUUAAACGAGGGUCACGUAAAGUGACCUGUCCGUCUGACUAAUCAGUUUUUGAGGAGAGGUAGGCGGUUUACUACUACUGAGGGCGCCAGAUCUUAAGUAAACCUCUUUCAGGGAAUUAGCAGUGUACUUUAUUUUGAUUAUGAAAAAAGUGUGUAAGAGAAAGAAAGCAUGAAUUGUGUUAGCGGCGGUUUUCUCAUUUCGCCAUCCCAGUUCUUGAGGGGAUAGUUUUGGACACGCAAAGCUAAUUCUGGGGACUCCUUGAAAGUGAUCGCAUGUGGGCAAUAAUUUAAGACAAAAUUUCGUGCCGUAUGAAUAUGGCACUUGCGUUUCGAUCGUCCUCUACAUCGACUCUUCGAACCGGGGAACCAUUUAAUCGUCGUUUCUCGAACUAACUCACUGUCGCAGUUAUUAAAACGGGGAUUUUGGUCAGUGGAAUCUGUAUGUGCCAAUAAGCAAAAAAGACCUGUCGUUGAGGAUGUCAAAAAACGGGCAAGCAAAGAACGACCGAUUUCCCUUGGAUUCAUCUACACACCCUCCCUCCUCCCCCAGGGCAGAAGGUGUAACACAGCGUCAGACCUAUUAAGGCGGUCAGGAGACGUUCAAUAAACUCCUUCUCAUUUAGUCCUUACCACGGUCACUUGAUGCAUUUAAAAGCAAUUAAACAAGUUCACACCCACCGCCUGAUCUGCCGACCGCUUCUCAGUAAUUAGCCGACGAACGAUGUCCUCAGAGGCUUCGGAUGUGCACGACGGCAGACACAGAUGAGAAGGCCAGGCGUCGACAGUAGUGACACCUUCAAAUUACUGAGAAGAUCCGCCAUUAUUGACAACAGUUGCUGAACACUGUUGUUGGCGGCCAUUUGCUAGACCAGGUAGUCGGCUCAUUUAUUAAUAGAUUGUCAACGAGAUUGUCAGCAGUCUUAGUCGAAGGAUGCUAUGUGAAUUUUCACGUCAGUCAUGUCCGUCUGCGCCUGUUGAUAACAUACCGGUUGAGCAGGUGGCACUGACACAGGUGCUGGCAGUUCCGUAGACGAAAAUGAGUAAUAAUUAAUAAAAUGCGGUCAUCGGUAUGAAGUUAGUGUCGAAGGCUGCACUGGCAGACUCAACAGAAUAAAAGUGUGCGGCAUCCGUUAAUCAGAUAUUGGCCUAAAAAUUACUGAUGAUAAUCAUGCUUAGCGCAGUAUUAGGGGUGGCGUCGGCCAACAAAGUAGCUGCCUCGGAUAGCACAGUAGGUCGUCAUCAUCGUCUGAAUCAGACGUCCGCCUGAAAGCUUAAAUGCAAAGAAAUGUUAAUGAUACGGGACAUGUACACUGUUCUCAUGCUCCCGCCAGUUCUCCCAAGUCGAAGCUGAUGGGUUGUCGAUUAGGUGUGCUUUUUGGGCCAGGAAAACUUAUAAAAUGUAUUUAUAGCGGGUUUUGCCAAAAAAGGACAAAAUGGCAUGGCCAAUGUACAGCAAAAAUAGCUUGUAUUUGACAACUUUCAAAAACGCCAGACAACAACACCGGCCGCAAUGCCUCUCCCAAAUACCAGUACUAUAUUGACGGGACGAGGUUAGAAACGGUGGAAAGACACAGAGAUCUGGGUGUAUGGACGGCCACAAAUCUAUCGUCAACAGAACGCUGUAGAAAGAUGGUCCAGAAAGCAACUAGUACUUUACACUGGAUCAGACGCGCAUUUAAAAUAUUUCCUCCCGAACACUUUGAAAGACUUUUUGGUGUCUUUGUAAGACCUCAUCUAGAGUAUGGAAUGCCAGCAGCUUCACCAUGGAUGAGGAAGGAUAUCAACUUACUCGAACAGGUGUAACGCAAAGCGACAAUGACGGUCGACGGUCUAAAGCAUUUGUCUUAUCAGGAUAGGCUGAAUUUGCUUGGCUUAUUCUCCCUUUCUUAUAGACAAAUAAACUGCAGUCUACUAUGGACGUUCCGGAUAGUCCGCGGACAGGGUUGCUCAUUAAGAACAGGGGACUUCUUUGAGUUUGCCCGUACAAACCAAAUACGCGGCCAUACCUCCAAAGUCGUGAAUGAGCGCACGCGCUUAGAUCGUCGAAAAUUUUCAUUCAGCCAGCGGGUUGUCAGGCCGUGGAACUCGCUUCAAAGCGAGAUGGUGACGGACAGCACAAUUUGUGUGUUUAAAAUAAAACUUGCUCGUCUAGUUUUCGACAGAAGUCGGCUUUUACAGCAUGACUAUGCCCAGCCAUUUUUGUAAAAAAAUCAUCCGAAAUUAUUUACAGUGACCUUAUGCACUACCUUAUGAUUACGAUUGAACUGUGACUCGAUCACAUUGUAAAUGCCUGCAAUUUUAUUUUUGAGUACGAAUCUGCGAAAGCACUGUACAUAAAUAGGGUCAUCAAGGGCUCUGCCCCUAACCCUCAAAAUAUAUACAUACUUACAUACAUGCUAUACUUCCGUGAAAACUCGGCCGGCGAACACUGACUGCGUAUCUUAGCAGACGCACUCAAUGAAUCGGAGAGCUUGUUGGAGCCCAGAUGCCAAAUGUGCAGCAAUUUUCGCAUGAUACCCAGGCAAACUAUGUGUAUGUAUUUGAUUGGGAACGAAGCAACUAUAUCGAUGGGUAAAUCCUCGAACGGAGACCUACCUUUGUGGUGAAGUACCUGGCUUCGCAACCUGAAUGACCAACAGUCGCGCAGACGCCCAGUGUACACUGGGAAUGUCAUGCGGUUCGCAAUGGGCGUGCCUUUAUGAAACCACAUGUGGUGAUUGUAGUUAGAUCUACGAAACAACCUACCUGCCGCACUCGUAGUAGCCAUUGGGAGCUUUAAUGGUCCGUACGUAACGGAGGGCAGAUGUGUCCCAAUUAGCAUUGGCUAAAUUACCCUUCACGACAUUUGCCCUACGUGGAACACGCGGACCACAAGCCAGAAUGUCUUUCAGCUCACCAACAUGGUCACCGAGAAAGUCAUCCAACGGUUCGGGCUUGCCGGAAACGGAGAACCCCUCAACAACGUAAAACUGACAAACAACGGGGUGGCGACCACUAGCGAGAAUUUCUGCAGAGAUUGACCAGACGUCUUAGAGAUCUUCAUUCCGUCAGGGUGCAAUUGAGCGCACAUUUUGGGGUUGGUCGAUGUGGCAAACUGAUCAUUUACUCUGACAGACCACACUAAAGACAUAAACAAACAGAAGCUUGCUAAUGCAAGUUCGGAGACUUUCCCGUAGCGCCCUUGGGUGUCUCUGAAGGGGGGAGCCGCAGCAUCCGAAACAACCUCUUCGUUGUGGAUACUGACAUUAUGGUCUCCAUGCGGAAUUCGUAAGUAGGCCAGUCCUGUCCGACCAGCAUACUUUCCCUUCCAAGAACGGCAGUUUUUCUCCUUUAAAGCUAAUCAAAUUACGUUCAUUUUUUAUUUUUCAGAAGAAAGCUUUAUUUUACUGCUGGCUGACCAUUUUUGAAUAUCUGAUUGCUUGCGUUAUAAUCACGCGCUGAAUACUACAGGGUAUGUCUACCUCUUAUUAAAUUCACUUUAAACAGUAUUUUUAUUUGCAAUAAAAGUAUCCCCACGGGUUCUCAAUAAAACAAUUUAUAUGUUUAUUUUAAAUACCUGAUGUGAGAUGUGAGUAGCUAUUCAGUUAAUAAACCGACUUCCAGCAUGCAUGAUAUAAUAUUUAUUACUAAUGGCCUAAGUAAGAACGUAAGGGCUUUACGGACAUGGAAUCGACUUAGGGUGACGUACCACUUUGUCAUGAACAUGCGGAGGAUACGGAAACUGCAGUAACCCCGUCUGGCAGAACAGUAGAUUAAUCGCGUCCAAGUGGAUCACCUAGGUAAAGCGUCCUAAUCAGUUCGUCCAAGUACAUUGUCAUCGCCCAAGAACUGUGGCUUCGGGAUACGUUCUGGAUGAAUAAACUUAUAUUUAUGUAAAUGCUGUGAUACAAAUGUAAAACGUCCACUUGAACGACUGAAAUAUAUUCUAAUAUUUCCACAAAAUAGGAGUGGCCAUGGCCACGUCAAAAGACGCUUAACCAAACCCGUCAGCCGGUGUCAGUUGUUGACAGGAUCAUGCAAAUAAAUAUAUUCCAUAUUCGCUUCCAUCUGGCGAAUUGGUUGCCUGAACCACUGUACCAAUAUGUUCAAAAAGGCUCAAAAGCAGUACAUUUCAGAGUCGUUCAACGCGGAUACAGGAUCAAAGACAGCAGGCAGAGCCCGCAGAACAAUUCACGUAGAGAUCGAUGAUACAGCAUAUUUAAAACCCCGUCGGACAGAAAAUUAGCUGGCACAUGUCUAGGUGAAAUUUACUAAAAUUUUAAAAAAUGGCCCCGAACCUGUAUUCUUAUUUGUAAAGCCCAUGUUAACGUUAUGCAUUAUAUCCCAGUCCGGGACGACACAUAAAAGAGUGCAGAAAGUGGACUACGUACGCGCGAAUUAGCAAAUGUCAAAAUGAAGGAGGAUAAUGAUGCCUGAAAAAAAAACAAUGUACUGACUGGAACCGGGAGUGGAUCCAAUAUGUUUUAGGUACUACUUAUUGGGGCUGUCAAAGAGCCGUGCUGUCGGCUUCUUAAAAAAGCCAAUGAAACCAUCUUAGGAGAAGUCCUACAAAUUGCGAGAAACCCGACAAGGGCAGGCAGUACCAUCUAAUUAACCAUACAAAGAAACUAACAGGAAAUUAUUGAAAAGCUUUCAUUAGAUUUUUACUCGAUUGCAACUCGGGCGGAAAAAGCAAAAUAGUGAUAGGGAACUACCCACUCUGAGACUACUGUCUGGAACGAUUGUGUAGGUUACUCUGCCCUAUCUUGCUGUAUAGUAGAGUUCCUAACCGUCAAAAUGUUUUAGUAGUUCGAUCUAACCUUUCUAAAGACAACUCGGGUAAAGUCUGAAAUCCAUUAAUCUUUUAAGCUUCGUUUUAAAGCGAAACGGAAAUAUCGCAAAAUUGCUAUGCCUCGCAUCCAAAACUUCCAAGAUAUUUUGAUACCUCGCGCAAACAUUAUUUUGCCUUGCAUUCUUUUCACGCUUUAAGCCUCUGCCCUUUUUAACUCAUUAUUUGUUUGCAACUUACCGCUCGGCGCCGAGCGGUAAGUUGCAACCAAAGGAUGAUGCGCAUCAUCCUCGAAGCCAUGUAACCGAGAUGAAGUUGACGAAACUCGAAGGCGCUAAACUAGAAUGCUGUUUAGCUGAGUGCGCAUUUGGUCUUCUGGGGCUUCUAUAGCAAACGAAUUCUACAAAUCUUUCGGCCCAGCACGGUUGCCUGGGUCUUUCCACUUAACCCGGCCAUUGGUCCACUAUGUACUUGCGCGUUUAUCCUUUAUAUAGCAAAUAUCCCAUUCAUGCACCCAACCGUGUUGCCUAACUUAAUUUAGCAAAAUAUCAGACUUGCCGAUCGCCGCUCGGGCGCUCAAUAUUUCUAUUCACCACAAAGUUUUGUUCUUCGCAUGUGGCGGUAAACCUAUGUUGUGUUGUUCCCAUUUCCCGUCCUUCCACAUGUUUCCCACCCUUCCACUCCUGCUUGGUCUUCUCUGUUUCCGAUAUUCUUAUAUUGAAUUAAAGUACUCAUUGCCGGAGAUUAGCAUAAGCUUUGCCUACUUUUUUAUAAUCUAGUAUUUAGUGAUGAUCUACAACGGCAUGGGCGUGGACACCUUUUCCGAAAAACUAGCAAAUUUAUCUAAAAGCGAGUUAGAAACUCUGCUUGAUAACGAUGCGCAAAUAAAGAAGAUGGCGAAGGAGAGCCCGAUGGUAUGCUUUUAUCUAAUUCGGGAUACCCACUAUUAGGUGGAGGACUUAGAAAGAAAAAGAAAGAGCCUUCUUAAGAGUAACAACCAAAAGGCUUCAGACAACCUCAGCCUCGAGCCUGAGCUCACGAAGAUGAAGACUGAUCUGAUUGAAGCACACAAGGGGUUUGCCGAACAGUUGGAGUCCUACAAGCGUUAUAAGGGGAAGCUAGGUAAGCAUAACAGAAUUCAAGUUGAUUUGCCAACCAUUUAGAUAAAUUAAACUCAGCCUAUUCGGCGAAUGCUAUGCUGGAGUUGAUGCAAGCCGCUAACGCGGAAGAAGACGAAAAGGCUGAAGCGUUACAGUCCCGAUUUUUGAGGAAGGAAAUCAAUAUUGACGAAUUUAUUGAUCAGAUGUUGCCUAUGCGGAGGCUUUUUAAUACUCGACGAGUGAAAAUUGACAAACUGACUGAAAUUCUUUUGAAUCCAGGACGCGCGGCGCCCCCGCGGCCAGUCUAG